AUGGCUCCACCAGUGUUUGAUGGAGAAAAUUAUCAAGCCUGGACAGUGAGAAUGCAAGCCUAUCUAGAGGGUUGUGAUUAUUGGGAAGCUGUAGAAGCAGAUUAUGAAAUUGCUUCUCUUCCUGAAAAUCCAACUCUGAAUCCAAUCAAGUAUCACAAGGAAAGGACAACAAGGAAAGCAAAGGCCAAAGCUUGUUUGUAUGCUGCUGUUUCACCUACCAUUUUCAGCAGAAUUAUGGCUUGUGGAUCAGCCAAAGUUAUUUGGGACUUCCUCAAAACCGAGUAUCAAGGAGAUGAGAGGAUUAGAAGCAUGAAGGUACUGAAUCUGAUCAGAGAGUUUAAGAGACUACAGAUGAAGGAGUCUGAGACAGUCAAGGUGUAUUCUGACAAGUUGAUAGGCAUUGCUAACAAGGCAAGAGUUCUUGGCACUAACCUCACUGAUAAUAGGCUAGUGCAGAAGGUUCUUAUUUCUUUGCCUGAAAGGUUUGAGGCAACCAUUGCCUCUUUGGAGAAUACCAAGGAUUUGUCUCAGAUCAAAUUGGCAGAACUGCUUAGUGCUCUACAAGCAUAA